AAGGUCACUAACCGAUUCAUUCAUCACAGUAAAAAACCAUGGGAAAGGCCAAAAAGACGAGAAAGUUCGCUCUUGUUAAGCGUACACUUAACAAGAAAGAUGCAAGAAUGACUAAGUCCAAUAGUACCACCAAUAAGAAAUCCAGUCAAGAUGAUCCGGAAUUGACCAGAAGUGUGCCACAAGUUUCCCUGGCCCUCUUUUUCAAAUAUAACGAAGCUAUAAAACCACCAUAUCAAGUACUUAUAGAUACUAAUUUUAUUAAUUUUUCUAUCCAGAAGAAAAUCGAUAUCGUGAGAGGUUUGAUGGAUUGUUUAAUGGCUAAAUGUAUACCAAUAAUCACAGACUGUGUAAUGGCUGAAUUGGAAAAGUUAGGUCCAAAGUAUAGAAUAGCGUUAAAGUUGGCUAAAGAUCCAAGAAUCCAAAGAUUAAGCUGUACCCAUGGUGGUACUUAUGCCGAUGACUGUUUGGUUAAUCGUGUCAUGCAACAUAAAUGUUAUAUAGUGGCAACUAAUGAUGCUGACUUAAAACGAAGAGUAAGAAAAGUUCCAGGUAUUCCUUUGAUGAGUGUUGGUGGUCAUGCUUAUGUUAUUGAAAGAUUACCAGAUGUAUUCUAAAUUUGUUUAGCUGGGCUUGUGUAUACUAGAUAUUUAAUAUAGAGAUUUUAUUUUUU